AUGAGAUUGACAUAUCCAACUUUCCUAAGUGGUCGAGGGGAUGGUACAACUCCAAUAGCUCCGCGCCUGCCCAAGAUCGCCGACAUCUACACCCAACUCCCAACGUCCCACCUCGACUCAGGCAAGAAGAAGUCACCAUUUGACCCCGGUUAUGUGCAUGAUCCGUACAACUAUAACUCAUACAACCCUUCAGAUCCUUACAGCCCAUACGAUUUGCCUCCGCCAUUAUCUUCUAUAGGACACGACUCAAGAGAUGUACUACCGUGGAGCAACGACCCACCAGAGUAUGGUCCCCCGCUGGAUCCUAUGCUGAAGGAGGAGAGGAUGCGCAUGCUGGAACGUGAGUUUGGGAGCAAAGGGAAGGACAAGGGCAAAGGGAAUGGCAAAGCCUUGGUCGAUGAGGAUGGCAGGCCACUCGUGGGCACGGUGGACGAGAAGGGAAAACUGGUCACUACUGGUCCGAAGAGACGAAUUACUCUGCGGCUGCUCCAAAUUGUCUUUGCGGCAGGGGCGUGCAUACCUGCCAUAUAUGCUGCUAUUGCAAUCAAGGCCAAAGAUCCAGCAGACCUACCACCACCCGCGAACAAGCCCCCUGUCUUCGUUCUCUACGUUCUCUCCUCGAUCACCCUGCUCCUCCUCCUAUACAUGUUCUGCAUCCGCCCCUGUUGUUGUGUCCGCUCCAAAAAGCGUUCGAAGCACCCUCUUGGUGCCGCAGCCAACAUGGGCAUGAUGGUUCUCCCCGUCGGCAACGCAGCAGGCGGGAAGAAGAACAAGAAGCCGAAGGGCAAGAAGCACAAGAAGUACGGUCCUGGUGCUGGGUCGGGCGACGUCCAAGUGAACCUCAUCGUCGACCCGAACGCGUUCCACCCGCCUGAGGCUUCAGAAUCGGAGGAAGAAGAAGAGGAUGGGUAUGAUAGCAUGGACGGGUCGAUGCCGGGUGGGUAUGAUUCGCGAAGGAAGGAUAAGGCGAGAAGGGCGAGGAGGCGCAGGAGAGGGGUGUUUGAGGGCUUAGCGAUGGAAGAGGAGUGGCGGGCGGCGAGGGCAUGGGCGAAGAAGGUUGCGAUGGUCGACGUCGCGGGUAUAGUGCUGUGGGGUGCGGCGUUUGUGUUCAUCAUGACGGGAAAGCGGUGUCCUAGCGGUGGGUAUGAAGGGUGGUGUACUGCGUAUAAUGUGUCCACGGCGUGUGCAUGUCUGCUUGCUGUUGCAUUCUGUGUGACGACGUUCUUCGACGUCCAGGACCUUUCUGCGAGCAAGCAGUCUCCACGGACAAGAACCUAG